UUUUUGUUCCAUUUUCUAUUCAAGCAAAAAUGCAUUUAUUAAAUUUAUUUUUGUUUAUUAUUGGAAUAUUUUUAAUUCAAAAUUUUGAAAAUUCUUUGGCCAAAACAACAGGGAAAACAUUAUCUCCCCCAAAAGGUGUUGUUAACGAGGAACAAGCAAAACAACAAAUUUGUCAAGGAAAUUUAUUAUUUUCUUUGUGUAUUUCACAGGCAUAUUCUGAAUGUGCUUGGUGUAAUGAUGGGAAUUUUAAAGGAAAAUACCGUUGCGAUACAAAAUCUUCACACAAAGGAAAAUGUAAAGAUUUACUAUAA